AUGGAAGGACUACCAUGUUUACCAGGAAAUUCAUUUCGUGAUCCAACACAAACUAAUUUUCAUGUCAGUCACACGCUCGAUGUAAAAAAUGGUCAUCGAGUUACUAAAUGGCCUCAAGUAGGGUUAGGUGGUACACGUAUUAAUUAUAAUCAAAUUAGUGAAGAUGAAUUAGAACUUCUUCGAAAUUAUCGACCAGAACUUUUAUAUGGUAAAGCAGUUGUUGAAACACCGGAUAAAUUUGUUCCAGCUACAUUAGCAUUUGAUAAAAAAGUUCUUCGUUAUUUUGGUUAUUUUAAACAAACAAUUCAUGAAAGUCCAAAUGAAUAUUAUCGUGUACGACCAGUUAAAAUUCUUUAUUAUCUUGAAGAUGAUAGUUUAGAAAUACUUGAAGAAGUUCAAGAAAAUAGUGGUAUUCCACAAGGUAAAUUAAUUCGUCGUCAUCGUUUUCCAAAAAAUGAUCAAGGUGAAACAUAUAAUUUUCGUGAUAUUAAUCUUGGACAAAAUUUAGCUGUUUAUGGAAAAGUAUUUCGUAUAUGUGAUUGUGAUGCUUUUACUCGAGAAUGGCUUGAAAGUGAAGGUAUUCAUGUAAAUCAAUCAGAAUUAAUACCACGUGAUCCAUAUUUAACAAAACGACAACAAGCAGCUGAACUUAAAACAUAUAAAACAAGAAGUGAUUUCGAUAAACUUAAACAAUAUGUUGAAAUGGAUCGAAAAGUUUUACGUUUUUAUGCUAUAUGGGAUGAUCGAUCACAAAUGUUUGGUGAAAAAAGAGAAUUUAUUAUUCAAUAUUUUUUAGUUAAUGAUACAAUGGAAGUACGAGAAGUACAUAAAGCUAAUGAUGGUCGAGAUCCAUUUCCUGUACUUAUUACACGUCAUAAAAUUCCUAAAGAUCGUUAUGAUGUCAAAGGCACAUUUCCACAUGUAUUUCUUGAAUUAACUGAUACUGAAGUGACUGAUUAUUUUAAACCAUCGGAUUUCAUGAUUGGAAAAACUGUUAAUAUUUAUGGACGAAAUUUUCAUAUAUAUGAUUGUGAUGUUUUUACGAAAACAUUUUAUGCAAAAAAUUUUGGUGUUAAUACAUUUGAACCAAUUAAUAUUCAAGAAACACGUAAUGAAUUUGCUAAAAUGGAAAUUCCUCCAUAUAAUGGAUUUGGAUCAAUAGAAGAUUCAAUGCAAAAUUGUUUACGUCUUCAACCUGAACGACCGAAAAAAGAUUAUGUUAAAUUAAUGGAAAAUGAUCAUCGCGUACUUCGUUAUGAAGCUGUUUUAGAUAGUCCACGUGAAGAUGAUAAAUUACGUAAAUUUAUUAUUAGUUAUCGUCUUGGUGAUGAUACAAUUAGUGUUUAUGAACCACCUCAACGUAAUUCAGGUAUUAUUGGUGGACGAUUUCUUGAACGAACACGUGUAUCAAAACCAGGUUCUUCACUUGAACAUCCUCAAUUUUAUGGUCCAUCUGAUUUUUAUAUUGGUGCAACUAUUGAAAUAUUUCGUCAACGUUUUAUAAUUCGUUCAGCUGAUUUAUUUGUAUUAAAAUAUGCUGAAGAACAUCCUGAACAAUUUACACCAACUGUUAUUGAAUCAUUACGACAACAUUUAAGUAAUGAAACUGGUCGACCAGAUGCACGUCUUACUACAAAUAUACAUAUACAACGUAAACCAGGUGAUUUUAUACGUUUAUAUGCUGAAGUACGUAAUAAAUUAAAACAUAUGCGUAUAACAAAUCAUGAAGAAAUUCGACAAAUGUUUUUACGUUAUGAUAAAGAUCGAAAUGGUUUUAUAGCUCGAGAAAAUAUCGUAGAUAUAUUUCGUCAAAUUAAUUUACCACUUGAAAAUGAUCUUAUUGAUGCGAUGAUUGCUGAAUGUACGACAAACAGUGAAGGAAAAAUCAAUUUAUAUGAUUUUUUACGUUUUUUUGAUAGUUAA